AUGGAUCAAGCCCAUCUUCAACAAGGCCAAGGCCUUUCGGCAGCCCAGAGCUACCAUACGAUGAAUCCUGCACCCCCAAUUGAUCAGGAGGCAGAAGAGGAGCCGGCAGAAGCCCCCAAUACUCCCGAGACACCAGACGAGUAUCCCGACGGCGGCAAGGCGGCCUGGAUUUGCGUCUUCGGCUCCUUCUGUUCGCUUUUUGCGGCCCUGUCUAUGAUGAACUCGGUGGGAGUAUACCGCGACUAUCUUUCAGAGAACCAGCUCAAGUCCAGCAGCCCGGGGCGUAUCGGGUGGAUCUUCGGAUUCUACAACUUCUUCAGCUUCUUCGCUGGUCUCCCGCUCGGCCCGGUCUUUGACGCCUACGGGCCCCGGCACCUAUCGUUGUGCGGCGGGGUGUUAUUGGUCACGACGUACAUCGCACUGGCCAACUGCUCAGAAUACUGGCACUUCUUUCUCACCUUUGGUGGCCUGGGAACACUGGUUUCUUCGGCGCCGGGGUCUAGCGACCGGGAUGGCCAUCUCUGGCGGCAGCGUCGGCGGCAUCGUCUCUCAAUCAUCAUCAGCACCCUAGUACCCAGGAUUGGGUUCGCCUGGACCAUGAGGGCGAUGGCCUUGAUGAUGGUUCCGUUUGUUGUCGUUGGAACCCUUCUCAUGCGUCGCCGACUUAUCUCGCGCGGGCCUUCGCGGUUGGCGUUCAUUCCAGAUCUACGCAUCCUGCUAAAGCCACGGCUCUCCAUUAUGGCACUGGGUGCUCUGUUUAUCGAGCUAGGUCUGUUUAUACCCCUUACUUACGUAGCCUCUUACGCAGUAUCCCGGGGCAUGUCUAGUCACGUAGCGUAUCGAAUGAUCACUCUCCUUAACGUCGGGUCUCUACUUGGUCGCUGGCUGCCGGGGUGGUUGGGCGAUAAGAUUGGAAGAUUCAACGCCCAAAUAAUUGCGCUCGCGCUGUGUUUAGUAUCGGUGUUAGGGAUUUGGUUGCCCGCCGGUCCCACGGUGGCCGGCCUGACCGCAUUUGUGCUCCUCUUCGGACUUGGCAGUGGAAGUGGUAUCAGCCUUGUGCCAGUCUGCAUAGGGCAGCUCUGUGCUACAGAAGAUUACGGCAAAACUUUUACCGCGAUUUACAGUAUCGGGAGCUUUGGCAAACUUCACGUGCUCAUUGUCGGGGCCGGCUUCGGCGGCCUCACUGCGGCUAUUGAGUGUCGUCUUCGUGGCAUGGAUGUGACGGUGAUCGAGACUUACCCAACGAGUCUGGAGUACGGAGACAUCAUCGACUUCUUCCCUAAUGGUGGCCGCAUCAUCGAGGCUUGGGACAAUGGCCGUGUCGGACGCGACCUGAUGAAAGUGUGCAUCAACCAAGGCGACAAGUUCCAGUAUUGCAAGGCCGAUGGUACGGUCAUGUGGGAGGAGGACUGGCUUCUAGAACCCCAUCAUUUCUGGCGGCAGUACGGCGGCCACCGAGGCCAGAUGCACAAGGUCGUGUUCGAUUAUGCUGUCGAACUCGGCGUCGAGUUUCUUCUCGGGGAACGCGUCGUGCAGUACAUUGACGGCGAGAAGCCGAGCGUCGUCACCGCGUCCGGAAAGACGCACGUCGCCGAUGUCGUGGUGGCGGCGGACGGACCCCGGUCGGUUGCGCGCCAACAAGUCCUUGGCCUCCCAGAUACCAAAGUCAACAGUGGAUAUGCCAUCUUUCGCGCGCAGUAUAGCUUGACCGAGGAACACAAGAAGAACCAGUAUCUCGCGCCAUUCUGCGACCCAACAACAGAUAUGACAAAGUUGUGGAUUACAAAGGAUCUACACAUGGACACGGAAGACAUUGGCGAAUCCUGGUCCUUCCCUGGAAAGAAGGACGAUGUUCUAGCCUGUCUGAUAGAUGGUGGAUUUGAACAAAAGUUAAUCGAGGUCGUCAAGGCGACGCCCGAGCAUAAGCUUGUUGAUUACAAACUUGUAUGGCGUGACCCUAUCAAGACCUGGUUGAGCCCAUCAGCUCGCAUCACUUUGAUGGGUGACGCUGCUCACUGCCACUUGCCCACCUCGGCGCAGGGUGGCGCUCAGGCAAUGGAGGACGGAGUAGCCCUAGCUGUGUCGCUGGACCGGGCCAAGGGAGACGUACCUUUAGCUCUUCGGGUCUUUGAAAGGAUCCGCUUCAACCGCUCGCACGUUACACACAUGGCGUCGAUCUCUGUGAGGGAUGGAUAUCACAAUGCCGACUUUGAUGGCGAGGAAAUCAAGAAGAACCCCCAGGUGCUCAACCUUCCACGUCCCGAGUGGGUCAUUGAAUACGAUAUCACGAGCCAGUCUGAGAAGCACUUCGACCACUUAGCAGCUGAUGUCAGGAGUUACAAGCCAGGCUCCAUCGAGGAGCUAGCUCUGCCUGCAGGAGGCGACUACAAUGUAGAAAGUCGCAAGGUAGGAAAGGACAAAAUAGCUGUUCGCUAA